GUAGCAGCAGCAGCAGCAGAAACAAGUACCAGCCACACAGCGGCUCCUCCGGCCCGAGCAGCCACAGUCCCCCGGCCGCGAUGGCGCUGCAAAGCCCUGCGAGCGAGGAAGCUAAGGGGCCCUGGCGGGAGGCAGAGCAGGAACAGCAGGAGCGGGUGGGUAACCCCGAGCCGGAGCCGGAGCCCGAGCCGGAGCCGGUACCAGUGCCCCAACCCGAGCCCCAGCCAGAGCCCCAACCAGAGCCCCAACCUCUACCGGACCCUGCACCGCUGCCGGAGCUGGAGUUUGAGCCGGAGCCGGUGCAUGAACCCGAAUCCACGCCCACGGUGGAGACCCGCGGCACCGCGCGCGGCUUCCAGCCCCCCGAAGGUGGCUUCGGCUGGAUGGUGGUCUUCGCUGCCACCUGGUGCAACGGCUCCAUCUUCGGCAUCCAGAACUCCUUCGGAAUUCUCUACUCCAUGCUGCUGCAGGAGGAAAGAGAGAAAAAUCGCCAAGUGGAGUUCCAAGCAGCAUGGGUAGGAGCCCUCUCAAUGGGCAUGAUCUUCUUCUGUUCUCCCAUUGUGAGUAUAUUCACUGAUCGUUUGGGCUGCCGAAUCACAGCAACUGCAGGGGCUGCUGUCGCUUUCAUUGGCCUCCAUACCAGCUCCUUCACCAGCUCGCUAAGCCUGCGUUACUUCACCUAUGGGAUUCUCUUUGGUUGUGGCUGUUCCUUCGCCUUUCAGCCAUCUCUCGUCAUCCUGGGCCACUACUUCCAACGUCGCCUGGGUCUGGCCAAUGGUGUGGUGUCUGCUGGGAGUAGCAUCUUCUCCAUAUCCUUCCCCCUCCUCAUCAAAACGCUGGGGGCUAAGAUCCAGCUCGCCCAAACCUUCCAGGUGCUGAGUACCUUUAUGUUUAUUCUUACGCUGCUUUCACUCACCUACCGGCCCCUCCUGCCUAGCUCCCAGGACACCCCAAGCAAGAGAGGUGUUCACACCCUGUGCCAACGCUUUCUGGCUCAGCUCAGGAAGUACUUCAACAUGCGAGUGUUCCGCCAACGUACCUACCGCAUCUGGGCCUUCGGGAUUGCUGCUGCUGCCCUUGGCUACUUCGUUCCCUAUGUACACUUGAUGAAGUAUGUGGAAGAGGAGUUCUUGGAAAUCAAGCAGACCUGGGUGCUCUUGGUGUGUAUUGGGGCUACCUCAGGCCUUGGGCGCCUUGUGUCAGGCCGUGUCAGUGACUCCAUUCCUGGCCUUAAGAAGAUCUACUUGCAGGUCAUCUCCUUCCUGCUCCUGGGCCUGAUGUCCAUGAUGAUUCCCCUAUGCCGGGGCUUCGGGGGCCUCAUCGUCGUCUGCCUCUUCCUGGGCCUGUGUGAUGGCUUCUUUAUCACCAUCAUGGCUCCCAUCGCAUUUGAGCUGGUGGGCCCCAUGCAGGCCUCACAGGCCAUUGGCUACCUCCUGGGCAUGAUGGCCCUGCCAAUGAUUGCUGGACCCCCCAUUGCAGGCCUCCUCCGCAACUGUUUUGGGGACUAUCAUGUGGCCUUCUACUUUGCCGGUGUGCCCCCUAUCAUCGGGGCUGUAAUCCUCUUGUUCGUCCCUCUGAUGCAUCAAAGGAUGUUCAAGAAAGAGCAAAGGGAUUCCAGCAAGGAUAAGAUGUUGGCCCCUGACCCAGAUCCCAACGGGGAGCUGCUGCCAGGCUCCCCCAACCCUGAAGAACAAAUCUAAUGCCUCUUCUUUGCCAUUGUGUGCUCUUCCCCAAACCUUUCCCUUCACCCUGCCCUGCUCAGCAUUUACAUUUUUGCCACCAGCACACUUGUUCCCAAACCUGCACACACAGCAUUUCAGCCACCUGACCAUCCCUUGGAGCCAAAGCUCCAGGUGUUCCAAACUCAUUAAUCAAAUUCUCCCCAUGAAUGCCUUUAAACUUGCCAGGGUUCUCUUCUCCCAGGAUCUAGCAAAGCUUGGGUUCAUCUCCUGGCCUUUGGAACCUCUCCAUAUACUUUUCAACUCUUGGGGGAUGGGAACUCCUGGCCCAGCUUAUUAGUCACUCACUAAAAGCAACUGCCAAAGGUGCUACUGUGUCCCCAGAAGCCUGGUGGGAAGAUCCAAGGACCUGUGUGCAGAGGAGUUCCUUGCCAUCUGUCCUUUGGAACUGUUUGGGGGCAUGGGGGGAACGGCAUAGAGGUAAAAUGAGACAAGAAGCCUUGUUUAUCCUCAAAGUCUGUAAGAGCUAUGGCUUCCCAAGAGCUGUGGCUGACAUCAUUUUACAAGUGUACAGAGAGUUUCCACAUCAUGUGGUUGGUCCUUCUUUCCUUCCUCCUUUCUUUCCCUCUACUGCCUCUUCUCCCUUCUCUUUCCCCUCUAUUUCUUUUUAUUACUGUCAUAGACUUAUGGGUGCUUGAAGAAAGGAGGGACCCAGGGCUUGGGCCAGUCAACCUAACCUUGGCUUAGCCCACCCCUAACACUAGAAUCAAUCCCACUCAUCUCAGGCUGAACCACAUCUCACUUUUUGGCUCAAGCUGCUAUAAUCAUAGACUGGAAAAGUAGAAUAUUACAUAGGGAAGAAACCUUACAUGCCAUAAAGUUCCACUCACUGAUUUUUACAUAUUUCCCAGACCAGUGCAUUAACCUGCAGGCUCUCCUAGCUCCCCAUCCUUGAAUUCACCUGUCAAAAUGUGAAGAAAUUCCUUUCAUCUCAGCAAGCAGAGGAAGACUGAUGACAGGGCAUAGUGGGGGGAAGGGGCAAUGGUUAUUGACCGGUGAAGGACCAACUCCUCCAUCUCUCAUUAUUCAUUACCGGUCAACAUUUCCACAUGGGCCAGGCCAGAAAAUGAGCUGUUUUAGGGAAAAAUCCCAUCUCCAACCUGGAUCCUUCAAAAGGUAGAGAUGGAAAUGCACAUUGUUGGACAGUUUCUUCUAGGAAAGGGAAACCAUCCUAGCCUUUACCACCCAAUGUGUCCCCAUGCUGGGCAUCCUUGACCACUCUACUUAGUGGGCAUUAAAGUUGCCAGAAAAGGUAGACUCUGGAUCAUUUUUAUCCCUAUGAAAUAGGUGCCAGAUACUUCCCUAUGCCUAGGCUCUGGGCAGCACUCCUACUGAAGAGCAUUUCCAUCCAGGCUGUGUCCAGCCAGCACAACUCACCUCAUUAGGAGCUCAGCCUUUUUCCUCACUUUGCCUCUGUGUCUCUCCCUAUUCUGGGUCUUUGUCUAUUGUGUUCUUGUUACCUUCACCUUUCGUCAUCUUCUUGCCAGGCAUCCUUGGCUGUCACUUAGAGUUAACAGUGACUUGCCACCCCAAGCCAGGGCCAUUCCGGGGCCAGGAGUAUGAGGUUGCCCCUGAGGGGCUCCAAAGAAGACAGUGGUCCCUACCCAUGAGUUUUUCCGUUACAAACAGGCAGCUGGGGCGUGGCUGGCCUCUGAUGGCUUCAUUCAAGGCCAAAGUCCUGAGCCCUCUACAUUGGUCCCAGUCCAGCUCUUAUCAACUCCCCAAAGGAAAACCCAUUGGUUUUUAGCUCUGUGAAUAGGAAGGGGCUUGCCUAAUUACUAUCCUAUUAUCUCAAACAGCACUGAAAUAGGAGAAGCUGGGCCCCAGGAGCACUUUAACUCCCAGGAGAGACCAUUGAGAAUACUGGAGCAACAAAGCCCCUGCUCCCAUUCCUCCCUGCCCAACCCCCACCAAGUCACCUGAGGGCACUUCUGCAGGGCCUCCCUUGUUGCUCAAAGUGUGGAUCGCUCUUAAGAAUUAGGCUGCCACCCACUUCUCUCCAGAUGAGGGAAAACAUUCACAGGUCUCAAAUCUGCCCUAUCAGGUAUUACAUAAUAUGGCAUGGCCGGGUGUCAAUUUACUUCUCCCAAACAUGUGUAUGUACAUGUGUGUGCUUAUGCACUUUUGGAGAGAAUGUUGGUUGGUGAAAGCAGCACAGUAUUAAUACUUAGGGAAAGAUGCAGCCUCUUUUGCACCACAGUUAAAUCUAGGAGAACGAACAAAAUUUGGGAGCUUGAGAUCUGGGACAUUUAAAUCCUCAAAAGGUUUGGAACAAAAUAAACAGAUCGAAAAAUCUA